AUGAGUAAUGGAGGCAAUUUGGUUGGCGAUUUACUUAAAAAUGUUUUAAAAAACGGGAGUUAUAAACAACGUCAUUCCCUGAAAUCAUUAUUAGAGAAACCAGUAAACCGAAACUAUAAUCCAAAUCACACAGAUUCUAAUGCGUUGAUUAAACUCAAAAAUGAUAUAAAUUCACUAAAAAUUAAACAAACACUCCUACAUAUAAUAGAUAAACCGGUCAUUGACACCUUCGGUGUGAAGGAUUUGUUUAAUGUUAAAUCGUCCAAAUUUUUAAACAAUAAUACACACAACAUUGUAUCGCAACUGAAGCAGGGUGAAAUUCCAAUAAAUUCGUUUGUAGACGAAGAGGCCGAAGACAUUUCUGAUGCACCUAAAACCCUGGACAAUGAACUGGAAGUUGAUCUACUUAGGUAUGAAGGGUGUGACAGGAAGUUUCUGAAAAAUUACUCGAGGGUUCUGAGUUUAUUGAAGUCACAGAAUCAUGAUUUGUGCAGCGAGCUUGAGUUAAAAGUGAAGGAAUUUUACGAGUCCAUGAAGGACGCAAUAAGCACUUCACACAUAUCAUUAAUGCUGCGCCACAUUUACAGGGAAAAUAAGAACAUCGAAUACGAAGAAUUAUUGGAAAACAUAUGCAGAGUGUUGAACGACGAAGAGCUGAGGUCGCUGUAUUCUUAUAACUGGAGGACCAGCAAGUGGAAAUUAAAAAGGAGGUUCAGCCAAGAUAGGAAUCUGGAAGAAGAAGUGGAGUCACUACUACAUUCAAUACAAACCACAAAUGCCUCUGAGACCAUAUUCUCAAGGGGAGUAGGAGAGAAAGAGGUAAAGUAUAUGGAUGAGUGCGAAGGGGAAGGCCCAGAAUCGACAAUUGAGUACGGAAAGAAGAACGUCAACGAAAAGAAUGAGAAAAUUUAUGUAUCGAUACUGUCAUCAGAGUCACUAUCAAGGCUGACUAAAUAUGAAGAGGGAGAGAUCACGGAAAUAUGUAAUAUGCUGGACCUGAACGUGAAUAAGCUUACAGUGGAAGAAGGGCAGUUCAUACUGGACGAAAUAUCGACGCUGAAGAACAAGAGUGUGCCAGGAGUAGAUGAAAAGUACGAGAUCGUGGAGAAGAACGGGAAGUACUGCGUGGAGCUGCUGAAGAGUAACUGGGUGAAGAGACCAAUAGUAGUGACAGUGAUGGGCCACGUGGAUCACGGGAAGACGUCGCUGCUGGACUACAUACACAAGACAGAAGUGGCGAAGAACGAAAAGGGGUACAUAACGCAGAAGCUGUCGACAUUUCAAAUAAGGUCGAACGAGGGAAGGAUCACGUUCAUAGACACGCCAGGGCACGCAGCGUUCAUGACGAUGAGGAAAAGAGGAGUGAGUUGCACGGACCUGGUGAUACUGGUGGUGGCAGCAGACGACGGAAUCAUGCCGCAGACUCUGGAGUGCAUAGACCUGAUCAAGAGAAACGGGCUGAAGGUGGUGGUGGCAAUAAACAAAGUGGACCUGGCGCCAGAAGAAGCAAUAGCAAAGAUAGAAGAAGACGUAAGGAGCCACUUCAGCAAGGCCACAAUAGUACAAAUUAGCGCAAAGAGUGGGCAUAAUAUAGAAGCAUUGUUGUCAGAAAUAGAGAAAGUACAGAAGAAAAUGGAGUACAAAAUGGAUAAAAAUGCAAUAUUUAAGGGGUACAUAUAUGAAACGAUACAGGACCAGACGAGAGGAAAGUGCAUCAACAUAAUAGUAAACCAAGGAACACUGAAGCCGAACGACUACGUACUAAUAAAGGACACGAUCAUUAAGGUAAAGAAGAUAUACCACCCAGACUCCGACAACAAGCACGUGAUGAGCAGUGGAGAAAGAGUUACAGGUAAAUCACGAGGGGAGUCAAGGGAAAAUGAGUCUGAUGAUCACGAAAACAUAAUACAGCUGAGCGUAAGCAUGAACGUGUGCAGCCUGGCAGGAAACGUGGUGGUGGGAAACAGCUCACUGAAGCAGCUGCAAAAGUACCAGUACCUGAUCAACAAGCACGUGGCAAACCAGGGAACGACAGGAAACGAGGACAGCAGCCAGGACCAGACGAUACCCUUCAUUGGAAUUAACCUGAGGUGCGCAGACCAGGGGAGCCUGGAAGCGAUAGAAAACUACAUACACGAGUUCAACGAGAAGGCAAAGAAGACUGUUAACAUGCUGAACCUGGUACAGAGGAACUACCUGCCUCCAGAAGUGACGGGGAAGAGCGAGAGCGAGAGCAUGGACGAAAAGGAGCUCAGAGCCAAAUACGAGGAGCACUUGAGAGCCUGGACGCCGUUUAAGGUGAUAAGCAAGAACCUGGGAAACUUUAACACGAACGACCUGCAACUACAGCAGAUAGGGAACGUGAUCAACAUAGGCUUCAACGUACAAAACCACAUCAACUUGAGCAACAUUGUCAGAACACACGACAUCAUAUACAACAUAUUCAACGACCUGCAAGUGAUAUACCAAUUUUACUUUGGAGACUUGUAUAGAAAGAAGGUGGAGUCGAACCUGAUAGUGACUCAGCUGGGAACUAUUACACUCAAGGGCGUAGGAAAAAAGCAAGCAGUGGGAACGUCAGUGAAGGAGGGCCAGAGUAAGCUGAACCACCUGUACAGCGUAGUAAGGAACAACAAGCAAGUGUACAGCGACUUGAACAUACUCUCGUUCCAGUCAAACAAGAUGAACGUUAAGCUGUUGAGCAAGGGAGAUAAUAACAACUGUUUAAUAUUUAAGGAGAACGUUGAGGUUCAACUCAACGACGAGAUCGUAGCGUACGUUAAGCAGCCGCUAAUGCCACUGUUUGACACUGUGACGAAUCACCUGCUGAAGACGUGA